AUGAGGAUACGAAUCCGUGGGCCUUCUGGCCAGUCAACUAUCACCUUCGACGACAGCGCAACCAUCAAAGAUCUCCAAAACCAAAUUGCGGAGAAGACCGGCCUGGAUGCCUUUGACGUCAAAUAUGGAUACCCUCUCAAGCCACUGGAGCUUGACAGCUUUCAACCAGAGCAAAGUAUCCUAGGGGCUGGGAUAAAAUUACAUGGGGAAUCACUCGUAGUCGCACAGAAAGAGGGGGCCAGCCGCGGUGCGAGCGAUGACACGCCAAAAGCACAGCCGGCGCCAUCACAGCCGUCAAUGUCGCAAAGACCGCAAAUACCGCAAGAGUCUUCUGCGGAAGACCCACCAGAAAUUGCUUCCUCAGAUCAUGCCGGAACGUUCGUUCUCCGUGUGAUGCCCGACGACAACUCAUGCCUCUUCCGAGCAGUGGGCGCCGCUGUUAUGGGUGACAUGGAUACGAUGGUUGAACUGCGAUCGAUCAUUGCAGGAGCCAUUCAAUCAAACCCAACAGAAUACACAGCAGCGAUCUUGGGCAAAAAACCAGAUGAAUACUGUACGUGGAUUCAGAACGAGGACUCCUGGGGCGGCGCCAUCGAGCUCAAGGUUCUGAGUGAAUACUUCAACAUCGAGAUCUGCUCCAUCGAUGUACAGACUCUGAACAUGUUUCAGUUUAAUGAAGGGGCGCCCACGAGAUGUAUUGUGGUAUAUUCGGGCAUUCACUAUGAUGUCCUCGCGCUGUCCCCUUCUGACCCACCCUACACUCGUGCCAACCCACUAGCGCAUGGCGAUACAAAGAUCUUUGAGGCUGUUGAUCCGGUUGUGUUGACAAAGGCUAAAGAGUUAUGCCGGAUCUUACAGGGCAAGCACUACUACACCGAUACUUCUGGAUUUACUGUUCGCUGCAACAUCUGCGGAGGCACAUUUACUGGAGAGAGAGGUGCGACUAGGCAUGCCGCUGAAACUGGUCAUUACGAUUUUGGAGAGGCAAGAUAG